AUGAAAGACAUUCAGAUGAUGCUUCCGGGUUGUUUUCGAAUGUUCACUUUCUUCUGAAGAACGAACUCGUUCCCAUGCCCAAACCAAGCGGUGAGCCAGCACCGGUACCAUAAAGUCCUCCAAGUCCAGAGCCCAGACCACCACCAUAAAGCCCUCCUGAACCGUACGGAGAUCAGGGGUCCACCCAUUCCCAUUGCUCCUGGCAUUCCUGCGAUACCCAUUCCAUAUGGACUCAUGCUCAUCGAAAGCAUUCCUGGAUAUCCCAUUCCCAUGCCCAUUCCGUAAGGCGAUCCCAUUCCUCCCAUUGUUCCGUAGCCUCCAUACGCUCCGUAGCCCAUCAUACUUUCCGGGCCAUAGCCAGUUCUAUACGGAGCAGCUCUGCAGUCAUGAAGUGUCGCCGAGGCUGACACGGCAAAAUCGCGACAUCCUCCUUUACAGAGGCCGAGCGCAUCAGUGCACUUCACCAGCGUAGCAUCCCAUCCACAACCGGAUGCCUGGAAAUUGUCUUUGUCGUUGAUCAGACUCAUAUAACUGGCAUGGUCCGCGAUGGUUGCGGGCUCACGAUGAAGGAUACCAUGAUUGUUCAGUGAACCAGUCGCGUCACGGAACUCAUUCAGAUAACCUCCAGUCAGUUCUCGAGCCAGGGUGUUCUGAUAAAGUCCAAGACCUAGACCUGGUGUGAGCCCAGGAUACUGUAAUUGCUGA